AGAAAGCAUCACCUCUGGAUUUGUCUUCCCCCCAAAAACACACACAUCACCAUUAGUCCCGCACCAAGAGGAGCCAUGUGACCGAGAAGAAACACUUCAUCUUUUCUUGCGUGCAGCAUUUAGCGGAGCGUCUUCUUUUCCUUUUUCUGGCAGUGUUACGUGUGCGUAAAAAUGCGCAUCUGGGUGGAUUCGCUGCUCGCCGCGUCCCGCAGCGCGUGUGCGUGGGAAACUUGGCGGCAUGCUGCGUGUUGUGGACGGCGCGUUGGAACAGAUGGACGCGGACUCUGCGAGCCGGAAACAUGCUGACUUGUUGCUGAAUGGCUGACAAGCCGCUGCCCUCCUCGCCUCCCUCGUGAAGCAAAGUGGCCGCCAUGUACCAGGAGGUAGCGUUCCUGGCGGGCAGCACUGACCACCAGUUCACCACCUUCCACUUCAAGCGUGUGGAGAACCCCCAGGAGGUCUCCUCCAAGAAGGGUGUCUUCUACAAGCGGGCCCAGCUCCUCCUCAAACCUCAGGCCCGCCAACAAGACGGCGGGAGUGGCGGCGACGACGGUGCGGCCAUCAUCAACGUGGGUGGCAUCAAGUACCGCAUCCCCUGGUCCACACUGCAGGAGUUCCCCAUGACCAGGCUGGGGAAGUUGCACAGCUGCAGUAACGAAGCCGAGAUCAUGGACGUGUGCGACGACUACGACGGCACCCGCAAUGAGUUCUUCUUUGACCGGAGCCCCUCGGCUUUCCGCACCAUCGUGACCUUCCUGGCGGCGGGGAAGCUGCGGCUCCUCAGGGAGAUGUGCGCCCUGUCCUUCCAGGAGGAGCUGCUCUAUUGGGGCGUGGAGGAGAACAACCUGGACUGGUGCUGCCUGAGGAAGCUGCGCCUCCGCCAGGAAGAGUACAAGGAGCUGCAGAGGCUGGAGGAGGAGGAGGCCGAGCUCACCUCACCGCAGUCCUGCGAGGAGAACCAGCAGCUGGGGAGCAUCGCAGAGGAGAACCCCACGGGGGGGUGCAUGCGAAGACUGAGGGACAUGGUGGAGAACCCUCAUUCUGGGAUCCCCGGGAAGAUCUUCGCCUGUCUGUCGGUGUUGUUUGUGGCCAUCACGGCUGUGACGCUGUGUGUGAGCACCAUGCCCGACCUCAGAGAGGAGGAAGAGAGGGGGGAGUGCUCCCAGCGAUGCUACAAUAUCUUCGUGUUGGAGACGGUGUGCGUGGCGUGGUUCUCCCUGGAGUUCAUGCUGCGCUUCAUCCAGACUCAGAGCAAGUGCACGUUCCUGCGAACGCCUCUCAACAUCAUCGACGUGGUGGCUAUCCUGCCAUACUACAUCACCCUCAUCGUGGAUUCGUUGUCUGUGGGCGGCAAACCGGCGGGUUCGGGAAACAACUACCUUGAGAAGGUGGGGCUGGUCCUCCGCGUCCUGCGAGCCCUGAGGAUCUUCUACGUGAUGAGGCUCGCUCGCCACUCGUUGGGUUUGCAGACGCUCGGACUGACGGUGAGGAGGUGCACGCGGGAGCUUGGCCUGCUGCUGCUCUUCCUGUGUGUGGCCAUGGCGCUCUUCUCACCGCUGGUGUUUCUCGCCGAGAGCGAGUUAGGCGCCAAGCAGGAGUUCACCAGCAUCCCCGGGAGCUACUGGUGGGCCGUCAUCUCCAUGACGACGGUGGGCUACGGCGACAUGGUGCCCCGCAGCAUCCCCGGUCAGGUGGUGGCGCUCAGCAGCAUCUUGAGCGGCAUCCUCCUUAUGGCCUUCCCAGUCACGUCCAUCUUUCACACCUUCUCACGCUCCUAUGUGGAACUGAAGGAGGAACAGAACCGAGCCCUGAGGCAGAAGCCGGACUCGCAGGACAGCACCAAGUCACAGAACAGUGAAGACUCGCAGGAGAUGGACAGCUAUCACGCCGCCACGGAGGCUGUGGUCUCGUCUGUGCAGCGGAGGAAGUCCAUGGCUCCUCACAGAGCGCCCGUCCAAACUUAGCGGCUCCACGGGCUUCAGAACCUGAAACUCAACUUUAGCUUUGCGUGAAAAUGCACCAGCGUGUUGCUCAAACUUGACUUGAGAGUCACGGCUAAUGAACGACUCAACGCUCUCAAACAUUCGAGGAGAUGAGGAAGAAAAAGACUUAAAUGCGAGCAUCCGGUUGAAGCUAACGCUAAAUAUUUGACAUGGUAUUGUGUGAAGCGGAAAGACAGAGUGUGUGCCGUUUAUCACAAUUAUUGAUGUCCUUUCAUUUCCAUUCCCCGUCUCUGACAGUCUCAUUCGGUGUAUGAAGUGUGCCAAGCUAAUUAUAAGAACACACGAACACAACCACAAUGAAAGGGCUUCGGCAGUCUGUUGGGAAAUUAGGUUGACGGGGAAACGACAAAAAGACGGACUCUACACACACCGUCUGCACUCCAUUGGACGGAACACAUGAGGGAAGACGAGACAGUUACAUUCCGCAUAUAUGCAGACACAGGUGGUCCUCCGUUUACAGCGUUCCGUGGUUACAUAUGGGUGUCCAGGAAUUUAUUAAUUUGGUCCGUAACGCAUGACUCCUUUAAGAAGUAAUGCACUUUAAAAGAACAAAUUACAUGCACAGACAAAGUACGAAUAAUAAACAGAUGGUCCAUCAACAAAACAGGCUAUUGUCGGUCAAACCACGUCAAAACAACAUCAGCAAACUUAAUUGUCCUCUCAUCAUUCCUCCUCAUUCUGCACUGUAGUGGUGAAUUCUUGUAUUAAGUGUUUUAUUACUGUAUUUUAUAGUAUGUUUUGUGUACAGUGUGAGUGACUUACAUCACAAUUCGAGAACCACAUGCAUAUAGUAUAUGGACAUGUACGUCUUUUUCUAGUGACCUUUAGAGUUAAAAAGUUACGGCAGUGGUUCCCAAUUAUUUUUGUCAUGCAGUGGGGACAGAAAUGUUUUUGCAAACCCCCACCCCUUAUUUGAAAUACUACUGAGAAAGUGAUCUAAUUAUUUACCUGUACUGUACAGACUGAACACCUUGCCUCCCCCUCUAUUUGAGAAGCACUGCUUUACCGUAAUAAUGACUUACAGUAUAAGCCAAUAUAUUGACAAUAUUUACCUGUAAGUGAAUGUAUCAAAAUAUAUGCCACUAUGUAGAUAUAAGUCAUCAUACGGUGCAAAAAUAGUAUAUAUAUAUAUAUUAGGGUGUAUCAAAUUUGAAUGGGAAAUUUUUAUUUCAUUUUUUUUCUAAUGAACAUAAAAAUGUCUUUUGCAAAGUUUUGAGGAAAUCCAUUGAGAUUUAGAGGUGCCACCUCACACAAACUUUUGUAAAAUUUCAGAAAAUGUGCAAUUUCUAGUCUAAUUGUCUAAUCUAAAAAAGUUGACCUGGAAAUGUUGAGUACAAUGAACUUCUAUACAGCAUCAUUUUCUAUAGGGUUAUCAAAGUAAAUAUAUGUUUUAUUGUUAUUAUUAUUUAUGACUACAAAUCAUUCAAAUUACAAAGACAGAACCACAAAUUUGCUAGUAAUAUGUAAUAGGAGUAUAAAUACCAACAAAAACAUAAAGAUCACCUCAGAGUCUUUGCUGACCUCAAAUCUCCAUGGCGACCAGUGAGCACUGUUCACCAUUUUAUUCCACAAAAACAGAUGUAUGGUGGCACCCCUAAAUAAUCAUGUAUUGGGAAAAUAUUUUGUAUGUGUUGUUUCUACAUAUAUUGGAACACUUUUAGUACCCAGCCAUAUCAAAAUUCAAUAAUUGUGUUUUUUCA